AUGGCCCCCUCAGACUCCCAUCGAAACCGCGCCCAUCUCAAAAUGAACCACCCUUCCUUCUCCGACGACGAGGACGAUGACUUCGUCCUCAUCUCCCACACAGACUGCGCCAACACCACCCCAUCCCAAAUCCAAACACAAUCCCCCAACAACUCACCACCAUCAUCAUCAACCACCAUCGACGAAAUCUCCCGCCUAGUCUCCUCCUUCGCAGAGGACCUCUGGCCCGUCAACAAGAAGAUCCACGACAACCCGGAACUCGGCUACCACGAACACAUCGCCCACGACGCCCUCACCUCCUUCAUGCGCUCCCGCCCCGGCUGGUCCGUCACGCCCUCCGCCUACGGCAUGGAGACGGCCUGGGUCGCCGUCUACGACACGGGGCGCAAGGGGCCCGUCGUGUCGUUUAACGCCGAGAUGGACUGCCUCCCCGGAAUAGGCCACGCAUGCGGCCACAACCUAAUCGCAACCGCCUCCGUCGCCGCCGCCCUCGCCACAUCCCUCCACCUCUCCGCCCACCCCUCCCUCCCGGGCGGCAAACUCGUCCUCUACGGCACCCCCGCCGAAGAAGGCGGCGGCGGCAAGAUCCGCCUCCUCGAGGCCGGCGCCUACGCCGACCACGCCGUCGACCUCAACCUCAUCUCCCACCCGGGCAUCGUCGCCGACACCUCCCUCAUGCGCACCUCCGCCUACGCCUCCUUCACCGCCGCCUACCGCGGCCGCGAGGCCCACGCCGCCGCGAACCCGUGGCUGGGCAUCAACGCCCUCGACGCGCUUGUGGUGGCGUACAACGCGCUCGCCGUGCUGCGGCAGCAGACCAUGCCGGGGGACGUGAUUCAGGGGAAUAUCACGCACGGCGGGGCCAGGCCGAAUAUCAUCCACGCGUACGCGGCGGGGGAUUUCGUGAUCAGGUCGGAGACGCAGCCGAGGCUGGCCGAGCUGAGGAAGAAAGUCGAGGCGUGUUUCCGCGCGGGGGCGGAGGCGACUGGUGCGGAGCUCGAAAUCACGCAGACGGGGGCGUAUAAGAAUCACGUCCCCAACCGCGUCCUGGGACGGAGCUAUACCUCGUACUGGAACGUCCUCUCGGGCCGGGACGGUGGUGGAAAGAUCCCCGUCGACGAGGACGUGGACGAGAUCCGGGGCCGGACGAUGGCGAGCACGGACCAGGGGGACAUCAGCUACGCGAUGCCGAGCCUGAGUUCCGGGUUCGCGAUCCCGGCGGGGAAGGGCGGGCAGGGGCCGCAUAACCCCGAGUUCGCGGAGGCGGCGGGGACGAGGGAGGCGUAUGAGAUCGCGCUCAAGGUGGGCACGGCGCUGGCCGGGGUGGCGGUGGAUGUGUUUACGAGGGAGGGCAUGUUGGAGGAGGUGAAGAGGGCUUGGAGGAGGGAUAUGGGGAAGGAGGAGGAGGAGGGGACAGGGAGAGGGAGAGGGAUGGGGUUGUUGAGUUGGUGGAUGUGA